AUGCCAAUUAUUGUAAGGACGCUCCAAUAUGCGACUCGAUCUGUUGUUGAUAUAUCGACUCCUCGAGCUCAAUGCUUGAGCUUUAUAGCUCCAUUAAUACCUGAGGGUCUUCAGGAGAUCUCUAGCGUUCCACGCAUGCCUUCCUGGUCGCUUCAGGAGCUUCACCAAGAGCAUAAUACCAUGGAAUCUGUCCUGACAGAGGAAAAGCUUCGUGAGCUCGCAGAAUUGUGUCAUUUACAUAUAGAUGAUGAAAAGCUUCCGGGGCUGCUCAAGGACGUCGAGUCUAUUAUUCAAUGCACGAAAACCAUUCAGAACAUGACGAUCAAUGAAAAUAUCAAUGAUGUGUAUGCCAAGAGUGAUUUUGAUGAUGGUAUUGUGGCUCCUCUUAGAAAUGAUGUCGUUACAGAAGGAGACUGUGUGGAUCAAGUGAUGGCAAACGCGGCAGAAAAGUCAGGCUAUUACUUUCAGGUUCCUAAAGUACUGCAAAACUAG